GUCCGUGCUUGCGCUGGCCGUGGCGGCGACGGAGCUGGCAUGGGCUGCGACAGCUGGCCCGCAGGUCGCGCCGCCAGCUGACUUCAUCGCGCCCGUCGUGCUCCUGGCGACGCAGGUUCUUCACAUUUCGCUCGUGUUAAUGGGGAGGAGGAAAGGUCAACAGAGCAGCGGCAUCAUCUGGUUCUACUGGCUGUUCACGGUAGUGUGCGGCCUCCCUCAACUCUACACCUCCAUCAUUGUAAUUCUUCGGAGGGACACCACCUCCCCCCCCUUUCUAACGGCGACUUUCCUCGUGCAGUUCCUCUGUUCCGUCGCGCUGCUCCUCGCCAACUGCUUCAGCGACGGCCUCUCACUCACGCAGAGGUUCAGCGCGACUGAAAAUCCGGCGCCAGGACUGCAUGCGUCUUUCCUGAACCGCCUCUUCUUCUUCUGGGGCGGCUCCAUCGUGUGGCUGGGCUGGCGGCGCCCGCUCACGUUCGACGACCUCUGGGACGUCGAGCCGGAGAGCACGACCGCCACUCUCGCCGCGCAGUGGGACGCCGCCAUCAGCAGAGACGGGAAGACGGCGCCCGCAGAGGUCAAAGAGCCAGGCAAACUCCGGCCGGCGAUGGUGCCUGUGAGCGGUAGGCAGAGGUCCGUCCUGGGGUGCCUCUUCAGGAUUUUCCGCUGGCACUUCCUCGGCGGCGGCGCCCUCUGCUUCCUGGCGGAGGGCGCGCGCUUCUUGACGCCGCAGCUCCUCAGCCUGAUCAUCAGUUUCAUGACGACGCCGGAACAACCUGCGUGGUAUGGCUACCUGCUCACCGUUCUCCUACUGGUGUCGUGCGUUUUCGUGACGGUGAUAAAGAACCGGUACUUCUACACCAUGUUCACGCAGUCUGUUAGGAUACGGUCGGCCAUCAUGACGGCGGUGUAUCGAAAGGCCCUGAGUCUCUCCAGCGCCGCCCGCCGCGACUCUACCGUGGGCGAGAUCGUCAACCUGAUGGCCGUGGACGCGCAGAGCAUCGGCGACACCGCCAUCAUGUUGUGGAGUAUCGUGAGCUCUCCGACGGUCAUCCUCAUCUCCAUGGUCUUCCUUUGGCAGGAGCUCGGCCCGAGCAUCCUAGCGGGCGUGGGUGUGCUGGUCCUCCUCGUCCCCCUCAACAGCUACUUGGCGAACAAAAUGAAGUCGCUGCUUGUCUCGACCUUGAAAUUCCGCGACCAGAGGGUGAAGAUGGUCAGCGAGAUCAUCAGCGGAAUCAAGGUCCUGAAACUUUACGCCUGGGAAGGCUCGUUCGCUGCCAAGGUGGAGGAGAUCAGAGCCGAGGAAAUCGUACGUCUCAAGAAGGUAGCCUUUUACAAAACCUUCAACAGCCUCGUGUUCAAUUCGGCUCCCUAUUUGGUCGCGCUUGCCACCUUCACCACCUUCCUGCUCGCGUCUCCGGACAAUGUUCUCGAUGCCAAGAAAGCCUUCGUGUCCAUUUCCCUCUUCAAUCUCCUGCGGCUGCCCUUGAUCCAGCUGCCGACCAUCAUCUCCCAGGUGAUUCAGGCAAACGUAGCCCUUCAGCGUGUCCAGAAGUUCAUCUCUGCGGACGAUAUUGAUCCAACGGCAGUGUGCAAAGACCGUUCAGAAGCUAAUGCUAUUGCCAUUAGAAGCGGCAGAUUCAGCUGGGAAGGGGAUGAGGCUCAAUCAGCAUGGCAGCUGGAAAACAUAGACCUGGAAGUCGGCCAUCGGAGACUGGUGGCAGUGGUGGGAUCCGUAGGAGCCGGCAAGAGCUCCCUCAUCUCGGCACUCUUGGGGGAGAUGAAGAAGGAAGCAGGCAGGGUCGUGGUAAAUGGCCGCGUGGCGUAUGUAUCCCAACAAGCAUGGCUCCAGAAUGCAACCUUGAGGGACAACAUCAUUUGGGGAGAAGACUUCGACGCCAAAAGGUACAAAAAGGUGGUCAAUGCUUGUGCUCUUCAGCCUGACCUCGACAUGCUACCUGGAGGAGACAUGACCGAGAUUGGAGAGAAGGGCAUCAACCUGAGCGGCGGCCAGAAGCAGCGCGUGUCCCUGGCCCGAGCCGCCUACAGCGACGCCGACAUCGUGCUCUUCGACGACCCCCUCAGCGCCGUCGACGCUCACGUGGGCCGCUUCAUCUUCGACAACGUCAUCGGGCCUCAGGGGAUUCUGCAGGACAGGACUCGGCUCCUGGUGACCCACGCCGUGACCUUCCUCCCCCACGUUGACGAAGUGGUGGUGAUGGAGGGCGGGCGAGUGGUGGAGAAGGGCAGCUACGCCGAGUUGGUGGCGAAGCAGGGGGAUUUCGCCAACUUUGUUCUCCAACACAUCAACGACACGACAAACAAGGGGGCUGGUGCAGAGAUUGAAGAGCUCAUUGAACCGCUGGAGCAAGUGACAGGGGCUGAGCCUCUCCUUCGCCAGCUGUCGUUGAGAUCCAGCAGGGCUUCUGUUAACAAUACUGGCAGCGAGACCGACAUCCGAAGCAGGAGGAUCCGAAGCAUAAGCGAAACGGUGACCAGUUCGGUCGAUCGCCUGCCCAGCCUCGACCGCCGGGCAACCAAACUCUAUGAGGAGGCCGAGUUCGACGGGAAGAGGCUGGUCGAGGACGAGACGACGGAGACGGGGAAGGUGUCGAGGAAGAUGUACCUGGUUUACGGAAAAUCUAUGGGCGUGUUCUAUGCCAUUCUGCCGAUCAUUUUGAUGUCUCUGGCGCAGGCCAGCAUAGCCGGCAGUAAUGUAUGGCUGUCAUUCUGGUCCAGUGCAGGCGAAUCAUCCCCAGCCUCGAGCGACACUUUCAACAGCACCAGCUUACAGGACUUCAACGCCAGCGCUCACAACAUUACAGGCGAUCUUGACAUCAGCACCAAUGACACAGGCCUGGAUCCCGUGUUCAGUGACUUUGUUAUAACUAAAAACAUUUUCAUUGGCGUCUUUGCGGUCUUCGGCGUUGCACAAGUCGGCUUCAUGUUCCUGGCGAUGAUGCUCUUGUUCCUGGGCUGCCUCCGGUCGUCGCGGGUCCUCCACCAGCGGCUCCUGGACAGCGUCGUGCGUCUGCCCAUGAGCUUCUUCGACACCAACCCCAGCGGGAGGAUCAUCAACAGGUUCAGCAAGGAGAUCAGCGUCCUGGACACCACCCUCCCGGACAGCACGCGGUUCAUGCUGUCGUGUAUCACUCAGGUGGUUUCAACAUUGAUAGUCAUCUUAGCAGCUACGCCAGAGGCUGGCUUCUUUAUGCUCCCCAUUAUGGUCGUCUACUACAUGAUUCAUAUCAUAUAUAUCGCUUCUUCGAGACAACUGAAACGCAUUGAAUCGGUGUCCAAGAGCCCCAUCUAUUCCCACUUCGGCGAGACACUUCAAGGAGUGUCAGUCAUCCGAGCUUACAAGAAGGAGCAAGAAUUCUACGACGAAUCCCAGAGGAAAAUCGAGUCUUCCUUAAAAUCCGUUUACGUCAAUGUUUUGCUAAACAGAUGGGUGGCCGUAAGUCUGGAAAUGCUCGCCAAUCUGAUCACCUUCGCGGCUGCACUCAUGGGCGUGGCUGGGCGGGGCUCCAUCAACUCGGGCGUCGUGGGGCUGUCCAUCACCUACGCCCUCAAUGUGACGGUCGUCCUGAACUGGGUCGUGCGCGUGGCGGCUGACUUGGAGGCGAACAUCGUUUCUGUGGAGAGGAUUAGUGAAUACAUGCAGAAAGACCGCGAGGCAGACUGGACGGCGCCCGACACGCCUGCCUCGUGGCCCGACGAUGGCUGCGUCUCCUUCAGCAACUACCAGACGCGCUACAGACCCGGCCUCGACCUCGUCCUCAAGGGCAUCACGUGCUCCUUCAAACCCGGAGAGAAGGUGGGCAUCGUCGGGCGCACGGGGGCAGGGAAGUCGUCCUUGACCCUGGCCCUGUUCCGCAUCAUCGAGGCCGCGGGAGGCGAGAUCGACAUCGACAAGGUCAACAUCGCAGACGUCGGCCUCCACGACCUGAGGGGGAGGGUCAGCAUCAUCCCCCAGGACCCGGUUCUGUUCAGCGGGCCCCUGCGCCUGAACCUGGACCCGCUCGCCGCCCACUCCGACGCCGACAUCUGGCGGGCGCUGGAGUUGGCGCAUCUCGCGGAGUACAUUCGAGGCCAGCCCAUGGGUCUGGAGCACCCAGUGGACGAGGAGGGGUCCAACUUCAGCGUCGGCCAGAGGCAGCUGGUGUGCCUCGCCCGCGCCCUCCUGAGGAACUCCCGCAUUCUGGUGCUGGACGAGGCCACGGCCGCUAUUGACCUGGAUACGGACGACCUGAUCCAGGCCACCAUCAGGUCGCAGUUCGCGCACUGCACCGUCCUCACCAUCGCGCAUCGACUCAACACCAUCAUGGAUAGUGACAGAGUUUUGGUGCUGGACCAAGGCAAAAUAGCAGAGUUUGCCCCUCCCUCUGAGCUCCUCGCCAAUCACGACUCCAUUUUCUUUGGAAUGGCCAAGGAUGCUGGACUCGUCUAAGUCAGUACUAUUAGCCAGAUGAGACAAUCCACAUUAUUUAGUGUGGACGAGAUUAAGUGGGAGGUGAACGGACAGGUGGAUGGACGAUCAUGCCAACUUGUCCGGUAGAAUUCUGACUUAACGAGUACUUAUUUCAGCUGUAUUCCAAGUCAUAUAAAACUUUGCAUGUCUCAUGAUUAGCUCAUCGCCCCACCACUUACCUCUCCCUCUCUCCGAGACGAAACAGCUGACCCGUCCACUGGCAACACAGGCAGCUCUGGACUCAGGAAGUACAGAGUCCCUAAUCUGUUAGGAAAUACUGAAUGAAUUGUACAUGUUUAUUUUAAAUAGUAUAUAACUUGGCAAUAGUUAUGUAGUAAUUUAGCAUUUUCAUCACAAAUGAUUUUAAUUAUGCUAUUUGUCAUCACUUGCCCUCUGAGCCCCAUCCACUUCUCACAUGUCCUGUCCUGUCUCGUGUGGGUCAUUGUUUACAUUUGAGCGUCCCCUGUGUGCUAUAGACCGUUCCGUUCGAGCGUAUUCCUUAACUUAACGCAAGACUGUUUGUUUAUAUGUAUUGUUUAUGUAUUAUUGUUUACAUGGCAUUGGUGCAACAGUGUUAUAUAAAGGGAAUAAUAUUAUAUAGAUGUACUAAGCCGAAGUAUACCACCGGUAGUCCUACAGAAAUGUUUACAUGUCUUACCAUGUUGUGAGUUUAGUGCACACGGAAUUAACAGACAUGUGUGUUUUGUCAUUUGUUUUUGGUGGAAUAUAAACUUAGAUUUCAAAUACAUUCAUUUUAUUUU